AUGGAGGAGGUGGAACUCUGUUUCCCAGAACUCCUUAACUCCUCCUGCAGGAGGACGAAGCCGUCUCCGUCUGCCGCUGUGCUCGUCCCCUUAACGCUGAGCUUCAUCUGUCUGACCGCCGUGACUCUCAACCUGCUGGUCAUCAUCUCUGUCUCUCAAUUCAGGCAGCUCCACACUCCCACCAACCUCCUCAUCCUCUCUCUGGCGGUCUCUGACUUCUCCGCGGGCCUCCUGGUUGUCUUCCAGAUUUUAUUCCUGGAUGGCUGCUGGUAUCUGGGUGACCUGAUGUGUGUUUUUUACUAUGUCUUAGAUUUUGCUGUCACGUGCUCCUCUGUGGGAAACAUGGUUCUCAUCUCAGUUGAUCGUUACAUAGCGAUCUGUCACCCUCUGCAUUAUGCCUCCAAAGUCACUCUGAGCAGAGCUCGGCUGGCCGUGUCCCUCUGCUGGAUCUGCUCUCUCUUCUAUGACUUUGUGCUACUGAAUGAAAACCUUAAGCAUCCAGGAAAGUUCAACUUGUGCCUGGGCGAGUGUGUGAUUGGCGCCAGCAGCGCGGAAGCCGUCACAGAUCUGCUUGUUUCCCUGGUAAUUCCUAUUACGGCCAUCACGGUCCUGUCUGCGCGGGUGUUUGCGGCGGCCGUGUCUCAGAUUCGGGCCGUCCGGCCUCAAGCUGCCGGUCAGCCUCAGAGCGGCGGCGUGACCGUGAGGAAGUCUGAGCUGAGAGCGGCCCGGACCCUCGGCGUGGUCGUUGUGGUUUUUCUCACAUGUCUCCUGCCGUAUUACUGUGCCGUUCUAGAAGGCCCCGCCGGCUUCGUCAGCCUGUCAUCUGUUGUUUUUUUCACAUAUUUGUUCUACCUGAACUCCUGCUUAAACCCUCUGAUCUACGCCCUCUUCUACCCCUGGUUCAGAAAGUCUGUGAAGAUCAUUGUGACGCUUCAGGUUCUGAAGCCUGGCUCUCGAGACAUAAAAAUGAUGUGAUGCUCCAAAAGGGAAGUUGUGUCAUUUUUAUUAUUUUUAUGAACUUUCCGCAACUUAUAUGUCUGUUUUUUUUUAUAGAAUUUAACUUCAUUCAUUCACAGUUAAGGCAUUUACCAGCACAAUGGAAAAACAAGUAACAAAUCACAGCUCAAAUCUAAAUAAGCCAACAAAUAAAUGAAUACAUUUUAUGACUUGAAACAGAAAAAGUGCAGACGAACAAAGUGGAAUUUUAUGAGAUUAUUUGUAUUUUUUUUUCUUCACUUAUAAAAUUGUCUCAAUGAAACACAUUAUCAGAUUUAAUAAUUCACAUUUAUAAACAUGUGAUGGUUUUAGAAGAAGAAAUAUGGGUUGUGAUUGCGUGUAUGAGGUUUCCUAUGAGGCUCACAGUGUGGAGCAAAUAAU